GCCACUCCGUUCGUUGAAAAACCUCAUCGGGAUUUGGCCGGAGCCUUCACGUUCCGAUCGUGAAGGACCCUUUUUCAGGUGAAGAUGGUGAGCCAAAGGCAAAGACUUGCCCGGAAAAAGUACAGAGAAGAACACCCGGAACUGUUUCCGGAAGCAGAGCCAACGCCACCUAAAGACCCCGACAAGAAGAAGAAGAAGAAGAGUAAAUUCAAGCGCAAAAAGGCAGAAUCGAACUCAACCAGAGACCCAAAUAAACCCCACAAGAAGGGUUUUAAGAAACACCCUCUUAGAGUGCCUGGGAUGAAACCUGGAGAAAGCUGCUUCAUCUGCAAAGCCAAAGACCACAUUGCUAAGCUUUGCCCCGAAAAGGCUCAAUGGGAGAAGAACAAGAUAUGCUUGCUUUGCCGGAGACGAGGGCACAGCCUCAAAAAUUGCCCAGACAAAAAUGAAAGGACUGUGGAUAAGAAGUUAUGCUAUAACUGUGGUGAAACAGGACAUUCAUUGGCUAAUUGUCCACAGCCUCUUCAAGAUGGAGGAACUAAAUUCGCCAGUUGUUUUAUUUGUAACGAAAGUGGACACUUAAGCAAAAACUGUCCGAAGAACACUCAUGGGAUCUACCCUAAGGGAGGUUGUUGUAAAACUUGUGGGGAAGUCACACAUUUAGCUAAGGAUUGUCCAAACAAAGCCACCCAAUUUUCUGGUGGGGCUUAUGAUGGUAACAGAUCAUCUGGAUAUGUGGAAAUGCGUAGACGACCAGAGACGAGGCGUGUGAGCGGGGAUGAUCUCGAGGAUGAUUUCAACAUGGAUGAAGAUCAUUUGCAGAUGAAAGAUGCAAAAGUGGAAAAGAAAAAGGGUCCCAAAGUUGUGAAGUUCAUGGAUGAUCUCUCCCUCUUACCUUUUCUCUUCUCUUCUCUCUUUUCUUAUCCUCCCUUCUCCCUACGCCCAUCUCUCUCCCCCUUUCCUACACUUCCACACGCAAAAAUGGCGAACGCUGCAUCUGGAAUGGCUGUGAGUGAUGAGUGUAAGCUCAAAUUUUUGGAAUUGAAAACGAAGAGGAACUAUCGAUUCAUUGUGUUCAAGAUUGAGAAUCAAGAAGUUGUUGUGGAUAAGCUCGGGAGUCCUCAAAAAACUUAUGAUGAUUUCCUUGCUGCCAUUCCUUCUAAUGAGUGUCGCUAUGCUGUCUUUGACUUUGAUUUCACCACUGAUGAGAACUGCCAGAAAAGCAAGAUUUUCUUCAUAGCUUGGUCCCCCGACACAUCGAUAGUGAGAAAUAAGAUGGUUUAUGCGAGCUCCAAGGACAGAUUCAAGAGGGAAUUGGAUGGAAUUCAGGUGGAACUGCAAGCCACUGAUCCCAGCGAAAUGAGCUUCGACAUUAUCAAAGCUCGAGCCUUUUAAGCUCACUUUUCCUCCAUUUUUGAGUCUGCGGACAAUUAACGUUGUGAACAUUACUCUUUCACUUUCUUUUCCUUCAUGCUUUGCCUUUUUCUUCAUGGGGUUUCACUCAUCUCCAAAGCUCUAUUGAUGAUCUGCUGUAAUUCUCUACAGAUAUAUAUAUAUAUAUAAAGUUCAUUCUUUCA